AAGCUAAUGUUUGCUGUUUCCAUAUUUUAUACAGGUAGUAAGCAUUAAUAAUGUCUUUCAUCUUUGAGUGGAUCUACAAUGGCUUCAGCAGUGUGCUCCAGUUCCUAGGACUCUACAAGAAAUCUGGGAAACUUGUAUUCUUGGGUUUGGACAAUGCAGGCAAAACCACUCUUCUACACAUGCUCAAAGAUGACAGAUUGGGCCAACAUGUUCCAACAUUACAUCCGACAUCAGAAGAGCUGACAAUUGCUGGAAUGACUUUUACAACUUUUGACCUUGGUGGGCAUGAGCAAGCACGUCGGGUUUGGAAAAAUUAUCUCCCAGCAAUUAAUGGGAUUGUCUUUCUGGUGGAUUGUGCAGAUCAUCCUCGCCUCAUGGAAUCCAAAGUUGAACUUAAUGCUUUAAUGACUGAUGAAACAAUAUCCAAUGUGCCAAUCCUUAUCUUGGGUAACAAAAUUGACAGAGCAGAUGCAAUUAGUGAAGAAAAACUCCGUGAGAUAUUUGGGCUUUAUGGACAGACCACAGGGAAGGGAAAUGUGACCCUGAAGGAGCUGAACGCCCGCCCCAUGGAAGUGUUCAUGUGCAGUGUGCUCAAGAGGCAAGGCUACGGCGAGGGCUUCCGCUGGCUCUCCCAGUAUAUUGACUGAUGUAUGGACAGUGAAAAUAAAAGAGUUUUACUUCUCUGGACUGAUCCUA